UUUGGAGCAGAGAUUUAAUAAUCAGCUGUUUAGACAAAUUUUAGAUGUUAACACUGUCAUUUCAGUCGCAAGAAAGUAAAAGAAUUUAUAAGCCAACAUGUCUUGGGGUGAAACUUUAACUUAUCUAACAUUAGGAAAUCCUAUCAGUCAGGCCGUACUAACAUCCGCCUCUGCCGUUCUCAACGGAGCCGGCUUGAAGCCAAAACAGCAAGUGAAAGAUGUUGUGGUCAUGCCGCCAAAAUCUCUGAAACUGUGGGAGAAUGCAGGCAGCAGCUAUCACUUUGUGCGUCUUGCAGGAUUGAGUGGAGCAACAGCAGUUAUUAUGGGUGCUUAUGGGAAACAUUAUUUGGUGAAGAUUGUUGAUGCCAAAGAACAGACAGAAUCAAAAGCAGUCUUUGAGACCGCCAAUCGAUUCCAUUUUUUGCAUUCAUUUGCCUUACUGGCCAUGCCACUUGCACGUCGACCCGUGUUGACUGGUUCCUUGAUGGCAGCUGGUACCAUAAUGUUCAGUGGGCCCAUGUACUAUCGAGCUUUAACGGGUGACAAGAAAUUUACUCAAAUAGCCACAUGCGGCGGCUUUUGUCUCAUUGCUGCCUGGUUAUCAUUGUUAUUUUAAAAAAAUAGUUUUUUAUUCUUUUUAAUCUCUUUCUCGUUCGAGCUAUUGUCUAAGUAAUACAUACUCACAUACUUAUAUAUAAAGCAAAGUGUUUUAAAACACAACUGUCAAAUAUAAAUAGAGUCUUGUUUGUAUAAUUUAAAGUUGUUAACUAAAUCGAGCGUAAUCGAAAAGAAAAAACAAUCAAAUUAUCAGCAAAUAAUGUUUUUAGCGUGUAGCGUUCUGUAAAAAAUGUAAUUUAUUUAAUUCUAAUAUCGUUAAGUUUUAUAAUUUUUUUUUUUAUUUUAUUUUUAAGUAGUAGUUUUUGAUAAAAUAACUUGAAUUGAGUUAUGUGUUAUAAUUGGCUGCGCGUAGCAAUGUGUGUUAAAUAAACUUUACGGGGAUGUAGUAUUUCCCUUAAUGCCAAUAUCUA